AUGACCAACCAAACACUUUUUAAAAGAGUAACCUUGCUCUCGUUCUCUCUAUGGUCACCGGAUGGCUCAUGUGUGGCAGUUGGAGGAAAGGCUAACCAGACAAUUAUUUUCUUCUCUAGCCGGGACAAGAUGAGAACUAAAUCCAUGCACUUCUCCAGCACACCUUUCCCAAAUGUGACGAAAUGGUCAGGAUGGCUCCACUACAUGAAUCUACCAAAGAGAAUUACGCAAGCACAUUGUCAUGUCACACCCAAUUCUAUUCGACAAUAUUGCGAAUACCGACCCAUAAUGCAUCCCUCCACGACGUGCACAACGCGAGGAAGCUAUGAUGACUAA